UCUUUUGAAUCAUGAGACGAUUCAUUCAUCCAAACAUAUACUUUUGAAUUUUUAUUGAACGAAUGAAACAAACCGGCAACAACUAUUUGAAUCGUAACAGUAACUGGAACGUAGCGUGUUAAAUUUGACGGAAACAUAAACGAAAAAAGGUUCGUUCCCGAACUCGGAAUCUUCUUCCUUCUUCGGCGUCACCAUCAUCGCUUUCUUCUCUUCAAGCCAAGAAUAUUUGUAGCACACUCCAAUUACCUAUUUCUUCUAUCAUCGAUUCUUCAUUCUUCCAUUUCCCUCUCAGAUCUACGCUAAAUUCUACCCUAGUGUUUGGAAAAAGCAAGUGCUGGUGCAAAUUGGGUAGUUGAUUUGAGGGGUGAGUGCUGACAUACUGACACCUUUUCAAAUUGGGAAGCUGUAGUGAUGGAACUCGAUGGAGGGAGUUCAUCAACCAUCAGCACAGGUGCACGAACAAUUCCAGGACGCCCUGCACGACAUGGAGCACUCUAUCAGUUUACACAGCAGAGCCUUCCAGCAUGUAAACCUGUCCUUACACCUAAAGCAGUGAUUGCUACAUUUCUAUUGAUGGGUUUAGUUUUCAUUCCUGUUGGACUUGUUACACUUCGUGCGUCAUAUAGUGUUGUUGAAAUUGUGGACAGAUAUGAUAUUGACUGUGUACCUGAAGAAUAUAGAAGUAACAAAGUAGCAUAUGUAAAAGAUGACUCGAUCUCCAAAAAUUGUUCGCGAUUCUUAAAGGUACCUAAGUCUAUGAGAGCGCCAAUUUAUAUUUAUUAUCAGCUUGAUAACUAUUACCAGAACCAUCGACGGUAUGUAAAAAGUAGGAGUGACCAGCAGCUCUUACAUGGACUUGGAUACAAUGAUACCAGUCCUUGUAGACCCUUAGAGUCUUCGAAUGAUCUUCCUAUUGUACCUUGUGGAUUGAUAGCAUGGAGUUUAUUCAAUGAUACAUUUAAGUUCCGUCGUGGACCAUCGGAAUUGAAGGUUAAUAGGAAAGACAUUGCAUGGAAGAGUGACCGCAAUCACAAAUUUGGAAAGCAGGUUUACCCGUUUAAUUUUCAAAAUGGUACCUUUACUGGAGGUGCAAAGCUGGAUCCCAGUAUUCCACUUAGUGAUCAAGAAGAUCUCAUAGUUUGGAUGCGGACUGCUGCUCUUCCCACCUUCCGAAAGUUGUACGGUAAAAUAGAAGAGGAUUUGGAUGCAGAUGAUGUUAUAGUAGUCAAUCUAAAGAAUAACUAUAACACUUACAGUUUUGGAGGAAAGAAGAAGCUUGUUCUAUCAACAUCUAGUUGGCUUGGUGGAAAAAAUGACUUCCUCGGAAUCGCUAAUUUAUUUGUUGGAACCUUUAGUAUAUUGAUCUCCAUCGUCUUCCUGGUGCUUCAUAUGAAAAGUCCUAGACCUUAUGGGGACACGGCCUACUCAUCUUGGAACAAGAAAAGCAUUUCUAGCUGAUAAGGUACGUGGUACAUUUGAAAUCUUUCAAAGUGAAAACUCGAGAUACAUAUUCUUGUAACAAAAGCUAUUGUAUUUGAUAGUCAGCCCAUGGUACAGCAGAGUUUUUUCAUAGGGAAAAUGCGAUACAUGUUCUUGUUAGAAAAACUAAUGUAUUUAAUUGUAAAUGGCAACGCUGAGUUAACAUAUUUCAGUUUAAUUAUAAUGGAAACAAGCAUACGAGUGUGGAGUAAUGA